UGCUUGCGGAGAACGGGGCGACCGAACAGUCGGCCUUGGUUGCUAUGGGAAUGGCGGGAAGCUGUGCUUGUCUGUACCUGCUUCUCGGAGCUUCGGGGGUGGGAAAGACCCUGCUGGUGAAGCGGCUGCAGAAUAUCCGAGGGUCCCGACGAAGGAGGGGGAAGCGGGGGCCCGUGGGUCAAAGCUGAGCUCCAGAGAUGGUGCCAAGGACCUUGGAGAGCCACCAGCUACAUUGCCAACGGUAGGCACAAAUCUUACUGAUCUCUCAAUAGGAAAGAAGAUCACCAUUCGGGAGCUAGGAGGAUGCAUGGGUCCUAUCUGGUCCAGUUACUAUAGUGACUGCCAUGCUGUCCUGUACAUGAUUGAUGCUGCCAAUCCUACCCAGGUUUCCUCAUCCUGUGUCCAGCUUCUGUCCCUCCUUUCUGCUGAACAGCUAACAUCAGUUCCUGUCCUCCUCAUUUUCAACAAAAUUGACUUACCAUGCUACAUGUCCCUAGUGGAGAUGAAGUCGUUACUCCGAAUCCAGGAUAUCAUUGCUUGUGCCAAACAGGCUAUCACUGUGGUCGAGAUCAGUGCACGGGAUGGCAGGGGCUUAUCCGAUGUAACGAAGUGGUUUCAAUCCACCCUGCGUGAUUAAAGUUGGAGUCUGGUAAUGCCAGGAAGCAGAGCUGUUUCCUGCAGGCAGUGGAUCAA